CUAUCUCAGAAAUAUUUGAGUCAUCUUCUAGUAGUGAGUGAGUGCUGCUGAUUGUCAUAAAUUAAAGAAAUUAGACUAUUUUUAUAGUAAUUAUCAUUCAAAUAGUUGAUAUUAAGUGAAAUCAAAAUGUCUCGACCGGGUGAUAGGCCGAACCAAGCCCAAACAUACAAACUAGUGGUCGUCGGCGGCGGCGGUGUGGGAAAAAGUGCAAUCACAAUACAAUUUAUUCAGAGCUACUUCGUGACAGACUAUGACCCCACCAUCGAGGACAGUUACACCAAGCAGUGUGUCAUCGACGAUGUGCCGGCGAAACUGGACAUUCUCGACACAGCUGGCCAAGAGGAGUUCAGUGCGAUGAGAGAGCAGUACAUGAGGUCCGGUGAGGGUUUCCUCCUGGUCUUCUCAGUGGCCGACCAUGCCAGCUUCGACGAGCUCUACAAAUUCCACAAGCAAAUCCUCCGUGUCAAAGACCGGGAUGAGUUCCCCAUGCUUCUUGUCGGAAACAAAGCGGAUUUGGAACACCAGAGAGUGGUGUCCCUGGAAGAGGCACAAGCCUUGUCGCGUCAACUCAAAGUUCCGUACAUUGAGUGCAGUGCGAAAGCGCGCAUGAAUGUCGACCAAGCGUUCCACGAGCUCGUAAGAUUAGUGCGCCGCUUCCAAGAGGCCGAGCGCAUCAACAUCAAGUCAGACUACGGAAGCGGCAAAAAGAAAAGAUGCACCAUCCUGUAACACUAAUUAUAUCUAUGGUGAGAUUUGUUCUAAACGUUCUACAUUCGAAGUUCGCGCCGUUCCGAUGACAGAUGUUUUUUUUUUUUCGUUUUUACAAAGAUGUUGAUUAUUUAUUUUUUUAUUCUAGAGAUGUACUGACUAUCUAUGGUGUGUUAGUCGAUUACCAAACAAUCCACUAUUUGGAAUAGCUUUAAUUUAGAUGUGAUUUAGCUCAGUCAUAAGCUAAAGAAGUCAGUGAAUGAAUAGAUAGUUUGUACAUUUUUGAUGAAAUUAUUCGGGUUGUAAUAUAAUUUAUAUUUCAAAUAUUUAUACGAUACAUCUCCAUCUUUAUCUACUUCAUUAGUUUUAAAGUGAAUAUACCGUCUUCUUAUUUUUUUAUAUUUAUUACUUUUUACUCUUUAGCUUAUAAGCAUAAUUUGCUUUCUUUUUGAUGAAAAGCACAUUUAAAUGCAAUUCGCCUGUUUUUUUAUUUAACUUGAUUAAGAAUAAAUGUGAUACACUUCUGUUUAUGGUAGUGUUGAUUUUUUGCUUGAACUAAAGCUAGAAUGUGGCUGGAAUUAGGUACAAAAAUUGGAUAUUUAAACAGGGACAAUGUUUACACAGAGGAUAUGCAAUAAUACAUGUUAGGAUUAUUAAUUUGUAGUCAUACAGCAAGUGUUAGAAUUAAAGUUAUUGUAUUCAAUAUUCAUAGCUUUAAAGAUAUUUUUAGAAGCGAGUUUUUUAAGAAAAUCUUUAAAUAAAUAGUUGAAACUUCAACAUUAUCAUAAAUAGAGAUUGAUGUUAAUGUAAACACCUGUACGAAUAUUGCUUUUCUUUCACUUUGGUACUAACGCUCUCAGUGCCAUACUUGAGGUAUUUUGUGUCAAAAAUAUUGCGAAAAAAUGUUGUUUACUAGUAGUCACAUAUUUAGAAUUCCAUAAUAUCAGUGCAAAAUGUAAUAGUUGAUAAUAGGACUUACAUUAAGGCAGGGCGCAAACGUGGACGCUUUUGUAGUCUAGUGUCCACAAGCUUCUUUUUGGGGGGAUAAUCAUCCAAUGACUUCUCCCGCCUUGGGCGAGACGAGAGGGAGUGUCAGACUAUUACUGACUAAACACCACCCCGUUCCUACUCCUGCUUUUCGAGCCGGAGCCCCGGUAAACCCAAGACACAAGACACGAUGAAUAUUUGAUUCCUAAAGAACCAAUCUGAAUAAAUUUACUCCUGCGCAGUGCGUAUUAAAGUGUCCAAUUGCUUCAACUUAGUACAUAUUAUCGAUCAAAGUGCAUCUGGAUACAAAAAGUGUCCACAUUCGCGCAGAGCCUAUAUACAUUGGUAGCUAAUAUGUAAUUUGUACAUACACAGACACAAUUUCAAUCUAUAAUAGACCAUCAUACAGUGUACAUAAAGCACAUUUUACUAGUAAAACGGUGCUUUUAUAGCUUUAUUCUUAGUCGUCAUUUAGCACAAUAAUUUCGUGGGAUAUAAUCCCGAAUUGUUUUUUUUUUCUUUUAAGUCGGCGCCAGAAUAAUCUUUUAAUAGGUCUAUAUUUUUUGUUAGAAAUGCGUAUUUAUUCCGUUUUUUAUAAUGUGGACGCAUAUAGCUUUUCGUUACAGAUUAUUAUUUUCUAGAUGUUCGUUCAAUAACUGUAAUAGUUUUAGAACAACCUGCAAUGUUGGUUAAAUUACAGCUGCUCUAUUAUUUUUUCUGUUGUACAACUGUUUUUAAUCAACCUGCGAUGCGUCCAUUACUCUUUUUAUUGAAUAGAAAUGGUCCAAAAACAUACAUUACAAGGUCAAUGAAUUACACAAUUAAAAAUGGCAUUAAAAAUAAAAUAAAAUUGACUGCAAAAAUAAUAAAUAAAUAACAUUUUUUAAUAAAUAAAGUUGCGUAAAAUAAUAUAAAAUAUUUGUACGUAUCGUAUAUAUAUAUUAUGUAAUAUUAUGGACGCCUAGAAACCAAAUACUAAUGUGUAUAAAUAUUUUUUGUUACUUUAUUUUGUCGUUCAAUAAUUAAUUUUAGGUUAGCGGUAGUUGUUCGAAUUUAAUGUGUCAUUUGAAUGAAAAAUAAUAAUAAAAACCUACUAUUUAUACAUUACACUUUUUACCCACGAAAGCGUAGACAUAACAGAAAUUAUAGUGAGUCUACUCACAUAUGCAUUAGCAAAUAAAAGCUACUAUUUUGAGGACUUGUUUCACAAUGUCUAGAUAGCCGCUAUGUAUCAGAUAACUUUGAAUUUAAAACGUAAUUUGUAUGCACUAUCUGUCACAUAAGUUUAUCGGGCACUUAUAUGAAGGCGCUAAAAGUAAAGUCGUGGACCUAAAAUCGAUAGCAAAUAAGAGAUUUUAACUUUGCCUAAUGCCCUUUCCAUAAAUAAUUUUGUUUAAAUGAUACAUUAAAUUGAUUACAAGCAGUUUGGAAGUUGUAUAUCAUGAGCUAUCUGGUUACCGGUAACUACUGACUAUGGUUUAUAGUGCUGCCAGUAUUAAAGAGCACAUAUACAGAGACAAUAUAACAUCUUGCCGCCAUCUUUACAUUAGGCGAAUAUGACAUUUUAUUAAAUGUUUUUGUUGCCAGUCUUACCCCUAACCAGAAAGCUACCAUUUUGUAAGUUAAUUUUAAAAAGAGAUAUAUAUUUUUAUAUCGUAGUAUUGGUUUUUACACAUUUUUUGCUAAGCAUGUAUAUUUGUUGGUGCACAACUGAUUUUGAUAUACAUAUUUACAAUGAUUUUAUAUCAAGUUAGCUUAUAAAGUAUCAGUAGAUGUUUUACAAUCAUUCUUUUAACAGCUUUGUAAAGGAAAAUACUGGCUAAUAUUCCUAAGGACCCGUCUUUAUUGAGAAUGUAAAAGUAUGUUAUAAUAAUUUUAUACUGUCAACAUUUAUUUAUUUAUUAGCAACUGCUUUAAAUAUUGUAGUCAGUAACAGUAUUUUGUUGUGUUGUGAACUCAUACGGUAUGUAACUAUUUAUACUUCGAGUAUGCCUACAUUAAUUUACCACUGGUUCAGUUUCCAAUAAACAGUGCAAUGGUUUACAUAAUUAUAAAUUGUAUCAAAAAUUGUAUUUUUUAGGUUUGGUAGUAAAAUCUAGUUUAUAACCUAGCAACACUAAACCGAAAGACUUGUAGAAUUCGAUUUUGAAAUAUGAGUUUUAAUGUGUUGCCAUACCAGACCAAAAAAGCAAUGAUGUAAAUAAAUUGAUAUCUAUUGUAAUAUUGAGUAAAAAUAACUUUCUUGGUUUAUGAAAUAAUGGUAAUUCCUCCAAAUAUGGCCUCCUAAGGGUUGUUGGGCCUACCAUGUAGUUUCCCAGUAUGGUGACACAGUGCCGGUGCAAUAUGUAAGAAGAGCUUUAACUUGUGGCGUUCUAUCGCCGUAACCUACUAAAAUGAGAACUGUUGUCCAGCUAAUUAUUGUAUUUGUAAAAUAAAUCAUUGUAACAUAA